UAGCUGCUACCCAACUGCCGAACAUAACAAAAAUUAACGUUUCCUUCGCGAAAAUAAUCGGAGAGGCAGAUUUAACUGUUGUUAAUAAUAAUAAAUCUAUUUAAAGUCAUAAAUAAUUUAAUUGUGAAAGUCUAAAUGAUAAGAAAGCGUUGUAAUCAACAGUUAACGAUUUGUUUUGAACCGUGAAUGGUUGGCAUCGUUUGUCGCGAAAAUUCUGGAAACAGAAACAGUGUACCAGAGCUCAGUAUCGCAAGACGCAGAAAGUUCGAAGCACCAAUGACGGUUGAGGCAAUGGAAACAUCGGAGUGUAAACCGCAUCUGCCAGGGCCGAACGCGGUUGAUAUAUCACCAAAAAAAGACAAUGGAAUUCUGAAGGAAAUUAUUAAAGAAGGAACUGGUUCUGAAACACCAGCUCCUGGAAGUAAAGUUUUUGUGCACUAUAUUGGCACUUUAACCGAUGGAACUAAGUUCGAUUCAAGCAGGGACAGAGGAGAACCUUUUGACUUCCAGUUGGGGAAAGGAACUGUCAUACAAGCAUGGGACAUUGGUGUUGCAACUAUGAAGAAAGGAGAAGUAGCUGUUCUGACAUGCAAGUCUGAAUACGCCUAUGGAAAAUCAGGAAGCCCACCAAAGAUUCCACCAGAUGCAACACUUGUGUUUGAGAUUGAGGUUAUUGACUGGCAAGGAGAAGACAUAUCGCCAAAAAAGGAUGGCAGUAUAACACGAUACCAAAUUAUUCAAGGUGAAGGCUAUAGUAGUCCAAAUGAUGGGGCAACAGUUGAAGUUAAUUUGGUCGGUAAACACAGCGGGAAUAUUUUCGAAGAAAGAAGCGUUACUUUUCCACUUGGUGAAGGAAGUGAAUACGGAAUCUGUGAAGGUGUAGAAAAAGCCCUGGAAAAAUUUAAAAAAGGAGAAAAGUCAAGAAUCAUUAUAAAACCAAAAUAUGCAUUUAAAAAGGAAGGCAAGCCUGACUUGAACAUACCAGGAAAUGCUGAAAUUGAGUAUGAAGUGGAACUAAAAAAUUUUGAAAAGGCAAAAGAAGCAUGGUCUCUAGAUGCUGAUGAGAAAAUUGAACAAGCAAAAUUUUUCAAAGAGAAGGGAACGAAUUAUUUUAAAGCUGGCAAAUACGCAUUGGCUGUUAAAAUGUAUAAAAAAAUAGUUAACUUCUUAGAGCAUGAGACAGGCUUUGAAGAAGAGAAGGAACCAGAACGAAAAUCACUUCUACUGGCUGGACACUUAAAUCUUGCCAUGUGUUACCUCAAGCUUGAGGAACACUUUGAAGCACGUGAACAGUGUAACAAAGCUCUCGAGGUCCAACCAUCCAGUGAGAAGGGAUUAUUUCGCCGUGGGCAGGCAUACUUGGGACUGGGUGAACCAGAAUUGGCGAAAACAGAUUUUGAAGCAGUUCUAAAACUGGAACCAGAAAACAAAGCUGCAGCAAAUAAUAUUGUUAUUUGUAAUGUAAAGAUAAAGGAGCAGAGGAGUCGAGAGAAGAAGAUCUAUGCCAACAUGUUUGAGAAGUUUGCUCAGAGAGAUAAAGAGAAAGAGGAAGAGUGGCGGAGGAACCAGCCAGACGUGAUGAAGACAUUGGGAGAAUGGGGUCAGGAUGAACGAGAGCGAGAAAUGACAGACUUUGAACGUGAAAAUCCAAAUAUUUUAAUGUUAAAUAAAACUGGUGAAUUCAAGAAUAUGUAAAUGCAUAAUUUAAUAUUACACAAAAUUUCUGAUCUCAUCCCAAUUUCCACUCAUUUAAUGAACCUGGUAAUUAUUUGAUUGUGUAAUAAGUGUGUGUGUGUGUAUGUGUGUGUGUGUGUGUGUGUGUGUGUGUGUUGCUGAUUUAUAUUAAAUGUAUUGUAGACUUUGCCUGUUGCCAUUCAUCCAUUCAUUUAAUUGUUACAUAUAGUGUUCAUCUAGACAGAAGAGUAAUAAAGCAUUUAGCUUACGUAGUAAAAGUGCAUAUGCCUUUUGCUGUUGUUGGUAAUUUUGUUGAGAAUAACUGUUAUGAAAUCAGACAUUUCCGAUUAAGAAGAAAAUAGAUUUGUACAACAAUAUUUGUUGUUGAUUUGUUUUUCAAACCAGUCGUGUAUCUCCAGGGUUAUGGAGUGCCCUUAAAUUUAAUAAGCUGAAUAACCCAUGAGUACUUAGUAAAAUCUCCUGUUGCUAUUAAUUAGUUAACAUAAACCACGUGAUAGUAGUAACAGUAGUGGUGACCAUAAAUAAAAACAAUUUUGCAGAUCUCUUUCAGAAAAAUUAUCAGGUUUCCUCUUUGUUUUUCAGUUUGGGGACAGAGGCCAAAAGAUAUUGGGCUCUAGACUUCAUCCAUUAUCUAUGGACUGAAAUGUCAAGAGAACCCAACAACUUCUUUUUGAUUUGGAGUAGUUCUUUUUCUCACGGUGUUUCCUCAGAAUUGUUUAAGGCUUAACAUGCACAUAAAAACAUGGACCAAGUGAGGUUUAUUAUAGUAGCCUUUGGCGAUGAACUGUAUCUCCAUAAUGAAUUAAAUUAACAAUUGGCUAUAUGCUGCCUGACCCACCUAAUAUUGCCACAACCUAUGAACUUACCUACUGUUAAGUUUUACAAGCUGCAGGUUCCAGCAGGAUUCACAUCUAGUUACUUUUCCGUGUUUUCCAUUAUGUUAGUAUCGCCAUUGGAUAUGCGGAGGUAAUUUUGAUGUGCUAUGAUGUGACAUCUUAUACACGUUUCCAGAGAACAAAAUUUAAUGAAAUAAAAGUCCAUUGAAACUCCGCUUAUUUACUAAUGAUUCCUCCUGGAGUACUUUCACUUUUAUACAAACAUGCAUAGAUUAGAUUAGAUUAGAUUAAUACUUGUUCCAUAGAUCAUGAAUACGACACUUCGUAAUGAUGUGGAACGUGUCAUCAAUAAAUGAGGGAUUCCAUUCCUAUAAAAAUUCAUCAUGUAAUAGUGAAACUUGAAAACAUUUUGUCUAAUUUAAAGUUGUCAUUUACUUAUUUCACAUGUUGUGCUAUCAUUAGUGUAAGUAAUUAUUUGUGUGUUUAUAGAGAAUGUUACAGUCAAGUAAAAAACUAGGAGAGUUACUUACUGGCAACAGUGCAUAAAUAUUAUAGUAAAUAAAACAAAGCAUUUUGGUUGA